AUGAAUCUUGAAUCUUUAGCAUACAGUAAAACAACCGAAAGUGGAUCUAAAGAGCAUCAAGAAGAGAAUAAGGAAACUACUUUUUCCACGAGGGGCGAAACGAAUUGUAUCUCGUUGGACGUAACAUUUCCAAAUGUUCUUGAAAAUGUUUCUAGAAGGAAUACACGUUUAGUAUCACAAUAUACAGAACCUGUACUAUUUCAAGACCUUGCUUUAGCAUACAAGGACAACGUUAUAGCAAGAAAACCAAAAUUCUUCGAUAUUCACUUACAAUACUUACGUUUACUCCACCACCACGACUUUACUCUUGAAAUCCUAUUGGGUAUAAAAUUAGAAACUAUGUAUGAACAUUAUGAAAUAAACGAGAAAAUAUUAAAUAAUUUGCAGCAAGAUAUUGGUGCAAAUCGUAAAACAAGGAACAACUUACGACAGCAAUUCUUAAGAAUUUCUCCCGAUAAAAAGGAUGAACUGAGAUUUGAUAAAACCAUUUUAAAGUACACGAAAAUAAUGUUAGAAUUAAAAGAAAAAUAUUUGAGUGCUCUGAAAAAUAAUAAGAAACUCAUUCACUACAUUACACUACUGUGGACAGAUAUAGAAACGCUCAGAUCGAAGACUGGACAUAUUACUGCUCCUCAAUCUUUAGACAUUUUGAAAAAAGAUAUGAAUGAAGAUGAAUUUAAUGAAAGAUGGAUCGAAAUAUUCGAACAAGAGUAUUCUGAUAUGCUUAUCAAGAUUGAAUAUGAAUAUGUUUGUGAAUAUCUACAAUACAAAGAACUUAAGAGUAGCAAAGAAAGAAAGGAUGUUGUAAAACCAAAAUUGCAAUUUGAUAGUGACAAAAUAAAGAAACUUGUUAAUUCUAUGGUUUCUGAUAUAAUAAAUAAGCAAAAUAUUGAAAUGAAGUUAAGGACUAAUGGAAAAUGCUGGAAAAAAUUAACAGAGCACAACAAAAAACGUCAAUAUUUUUUAAAAGUAUAUGUAGAUAAUGUUUUUGUAUGUGAAUCUGAAAAGUAUUCAAGUACUAAGAAUGCUUACACCAUACAUUUGGCAGAUAGCAUUUCAAUAGAGAUCCUUAACACUAACAAACUUGUAAAAAUUGUAUUGUAUGAAAAUGAAGUAGAGAUUUCUUAUGUAAAAGUGCAUUUAAAUCAAAUAAAGGAAAGUAUAGCACACGCCAACUUUACUAUAAAGAAUUUUGUUUACGAAAAACUUACAGUUCCAACGUCUAAACACGUAGGCAGUGGUUAUGACAUGAAAACGAUUGCACAUGCAAAUAAUAUUAGAUUAACAUCAAGCAAUUUGUUUAAGGGUAAACUAUUUACAACCUUUGAACUAAGCAUAAAAGUCGGGUGGAAUGAAAAAACAACAUCCAAUGAAGAGCAAGUAAAAUAUUUUAUAGAUCUAAGAUCGAGUAUUAGCAAUCUACUUCUAGGCAAACAGCCAACCGUUGAACUACUUUUAGACCUUGUGAGCAGAGUGUAUGAGAAGAACGUAGCAAAUUAUGUAAAAAUGUUAGAUGCUUUAAAAGGUCCGUGUAAAGGUAAAGCAAAAACCGAUGAAGAUACUGGCGAAAAAGACGAAAACCUUUCAACUAGAUUAAGAUUGCUACAUCUACGAAACACUGGCAAAUUGGUUGAGCUACAGAAUGAAAGAGUCCCGCUAGUGGACAGCCAAAUAUCAACACACCAAUUGAGUGCUUUAUCGAAUAAAAAUAUGAAUAAGAAGAAUGAUUACGAAGAUAAAGAACUAAAUUCAAUAGAUUUACACAGAUAUUUAAGUGCUAAAUAUGUGAUGAAGCUGAACAACAAUCUGCUCGCAAAAAUUGACGAAUUUUUAUUACAAAAAACAUACAGAGAUGUCGUUAGAGAUUUUGAUUAUUUGAAUAUCAGGAAUAUCUUCAGUGUGGGACUCAGCUUGAAUUUAAGCCCCACUUCUGCUCUGACCAGACAGCAGGUGCUACGUGAUUGUCUUAAAGACGAGCAGGAGAUACAAAUAACGGUUGUUCGAGCUUACAAUCUAUAUGACCGCGUGGCCAUUCUUGAUAUUGAAGACAAUCAAAGUAACGAAGAUAUUGCCGGUUUUAAAAUGCGUUCGCUUCGACCAUUUCUUCGUGUUUCUUAUCACGGCGAAUCUCAUCAAACUCCCACCGCUGUUGGAUGUCACCCCACUUGGAAUCAUACUGUUGUCAUUAAAUCUAAGUUGGAGCCAUUAUCCUGUAUCAAUAUUAACAUAUACGAUGAAUAUAGGACGAGCAUUGUUGAUCCCACUUCUGAACAAUCUUUUCACCAAAGAAGGUACACGUUGUGGUUAGGAACAGUACAAAUACCGCUUCGGUCUAUACUCGAAGCUGGAAGUAUGAAUGGCGCGUUUAAAAUAAGCACAACUCCAUUUAUGUUUGGAUACGAACCAUCGAAAGAAAACAAGUCAUCUGCUGACGUCAUGCAAUUAUUGAGAACAGAUACUGCACUAAUUCUUCUGAACAUCACAACUAACAUUUCCCAUUUAGCAGCUCAGUCGUAUAGUGAGCCUAUUGUGAAUAACGACAAAGAUGACUUGAUUAUAAAGCAAAUUAAUGCAUUUACGUCAGAUUAUCUCAAUAAUUUCUCAAGCAGACAUAUUUCCUUGACUUUCGUCGACAGUUCUGGCUGCAAUAGGUGUAUAACUGAAUUUCUGCAGCCUCUCCCGGUGCCCGAUGAUAGUUAUUUCCCAAAAGAUCCAAAACGCAACGAAUCUGGUAUGUCAAAAGGCUCGGCAUAUUCAAAAAGCUCUUCAUCCAAGAGUAGUCGAAAGAAGUCGAUUGAUGGGGACGAUGUAUCGCCAUUCAGCCGAGCCGGUAGUUGGACUAAAGUCGAAACACAGCCCAGAAAUAUAAUGGAUGCCGUGAUAAGAUAUGUGUCCUUGAUUCCCACCUACGAAGUUUUGGAAGCUUACGUAGUGACGUUAACGGGAGUGGAGCUCUUAAAGGUAUUGAAUGGCUCUCCAUUAGAUCAUACGCUACUGCUUGCGAGCUUCUUCAUUUUUCUGGGCAUUAAAUGUUACGUCGUUAUCGGUUGGGGACUUCCAAGGGGUGUUUCCAGCUAUGUUCUCGUGAAGUUCCAUCAAAAUCAAGUCGUUACCGUUGACAAUGAGGUCAAGAAGGGAUAUUUCGCAAAAACGGAAGGAUCUUCGUGGUACGUGUACGACGCAGUAUCAGGGCAAAGGUACGAUAUUAGGGAAAUCGGAUGCCCUUUGAAGACUGUCAGCCAUGUAUUCGAUUGUGAAAAUAUAUGGGUGAAUGUGCAGUCGUCACAAGAGUGUGGCAAAAUUUCGAUGGACUUAACCAAGACAUCAGAUUGGCAACCAGUAUUCAACAAACCUCUAUUCGUAAUAAGACCUAUGAUCGAAACCUUAUACAACCCACCAAACGAGGUAGAGGAGUUGCGUAUAGCACUCGAGAGCAAAAUAAAGAAUAAAAUACAAAAAUGGAGAUCACAAACUAAAACCGUAUGGAACAGGUACUGUAGCGGCUUGCUUCGCGAAACUCUACCACAGUGGGAGUACUGGGCGUUCAACUCCGCAAACCCCAGGCCAAAUCCUGACCAUAGACUAAAACAGCUGAUGGUCACAUACAAGAUUUGUGGGUUUCCACUGAACAUGCCAUACGCCAAUGCAAAACAGAUCACAUCAAGAGUAAAGUCCACAGCGAUUCAUGUCAACGACGACCCCAACAUGGAGUUUGGACUCGCAGUCGAAGUGUUCCCUUAUCCUAACAACGUUUUGAGUGUUUGGGUAUAUUUAGCUAGUAUAGUAAAAAUAAAUGACUGA